AUGAAUGUACAAGAAAAAUCAUCUAUUCAUAAUGAUCUAUUACAAUAUGAUAAUACAUAUUCUCAAUCAUUUACUUGUUUAAAUGAUGUUUCAUUUGAUUCAAACAAUUAUUUUUAUAAUCAACAACAAUAUCAACAACAAUAUUAUCCACAAUAUUAUUUUCAAUCAUUAUCAAAUGAUGAUUCAAAUUAUUAUCAACAACAACCGAAUAUAACAUAUUCACAAUACAAUUCAUCACAAUCAUACAAUGAAUCUUUAAGUAUUAAAUCAAAUGAAAAUCAAAAUGAUUUAUCAUCAUUAGCAGUAGGAUCAAAUUCAAAUAAAAAAAAACUUUCAACUGAUAAUACUAAUAAUAAUACUAAUAAACGACCAAGACGUUUACGUACACAUUUUACAUCAAGUCAAUUACAACAUCUUGAAAUGACAUUUACUUAUAACAUAUAUCCAGAUGUUAAUUUUCGUGAAGAAAUCGCUGCACAAACAGAAUUAACUGAAGCUAAAGUUAAAGUUUGGUUUAAAAAUCGGCGAGCGAAAUUUCGAAAAAAACAAAAAGGAAACAACGGUUCAUGUUUACCAUUGCCUUUACCACCACCACCAGCAUUACCUCCGCCACCUCCAUCUUCAAUGAAUCUCGAACAACCAUCUCUUUGGGAAACAACAAUAACAGGAGAAUCUUCAUCAUCAACAAAUGAUUAUUCAAAUCCACAGGCCAGUUAUUAUCAUCAUCAUCAUCAUCAUACAUGGUGGACAGGAUAA